AUGGAGAGUGGCAUCAGACUCAAGGAUGAUGGGCACUAUGAAAUGCCACUUCCCUUCAAGAAAGGAAGACCAAACUUACCAGAUAACAAGGUAUGUGGCAUCCACCGUCUCAGAUGUCUGGAGAAGAAGUUAAAGGGAAAUGAGCAGUACUGCAGAGACUAUAAAACCUUUAUGGAUGAGACAAUAGCUUGUGGAGACGCCGAGCUUGUCCCUGAAGAGGAUAGCAAGACCCCAGCGUGGUACAUCCCCCACCAUGGGGUGUAUCAUCCCCCAAAAAGCCUGUUCCAUGUUAAGCCAGAGGACCAAGAUUACCUCAGAUUCUUGUGGUGGAAGGAUGGAGAUCUUAAAGCCCAGCCCUCCAUCUAUCGAAUGAAGGUCCACUUGUUCGGUGCAGCUUCAUCACCUGGAUGUGCUAACUAUGGCCUGAAGCACCUUGCCGCUCAAGGACAAGGACGCUUUAGAGAAGAAACCAUCAGGUUUAUCCAGAAGAACUUCUACGUCGAUGAUGGAUUGGCAAGUGUAGAAUCUGAAAACCAAGCAAUCCAACUAGUGAAGGAAGCAAGAGAGCUUUGUCGCACAGGCAAACUUCGAUUGCACAAGUUCAUCUCCAACAGCAAAGAAGUCUUAGCCACAAUUCCUGAGGAAGAGUGUGCUAAAGCCGUCAAGGACCUGACCAUGAUGUUGGGAGAACCACACAUGGAAAGAGCACUAGGAGUACAGUGGUGUGUGACUUCUGAUGAGCUGCAGUUCAGAGUGGUUGUCAAAGAAAAUCCACUUACCCGCAGAGGGGUCUUGUCCACAGUUGCCUCGGUGUACGACCCACUUGGAUUUGUGGCACCCUUCAUCCUGGUAGGAAAGCAGAUCCUGCAGCAGAUGUGUCGUGACAAGCUCAGUUGGGAUGAUCCUUUGCCUGAUGACCUUCGACCCCUGUGGGAGUCUUGGUUGCAAGAUCUAAAAAACUUGGCUGGUGUGAGAAUCCAAAGAUACUAUCUGCCAUCAAGCUUCAAGGUCCAGCAUUAUGAGCUCCACCACUUCUCUGACGCCAGCGUGUCAGGCUAUGGAGAGUGCUCGUAUCUAAGAGCAGUCAGUACAUCAGGUGAGGUCCACUGCUCCUUGGUCAUGGGAAAGUCAAGAGUUGCUCCUACUAAAGUCACGACCAUACCAAGACUCGAGCUGUCAGCAGCAGUGGUAGCAGUCCGGACCAGUGACAUGCUCAAGAAAUAACUAGAAAUAGACUGCCAACAAGAAUGUUUCUGGACUGACUCAAAGGUUGUACUUGGAUACAUCAGUAAUGAAGCCAGAAGAUUUCAUGUUUUUGUAGCAAAUAGAGUUGAACGCAUCAAGCUAAGCACAGAGGCCAGACAAUGGAGAUAUGUAGCUUCAGAAGACAACCCAGCUGACCACGCCUCAAGGGGUGUCACAGCAGAACAACUCACAGCUUCUAACUGGUUCACAGGUCCAGACCUUCUUUGGCAAAAUGAGCUACCAACUGGAGUUGUCAUGGUGGGAGAGAUCGAGAGCAGUGACCCAGAGGUCAAGAAAGCUCAGGUUCAUGACACUCAGGCAGAAGAAGCAAAAACAAUUUUAGAUCGUCUACACAAG